AAUGCUAAAGGCAUCGGUCCGAUCACACGGGCUGUACUUGAUUCUCGGGUUGACGAGGAUAUAUGGUAUGUAGAAGGAUAUAAAUAUCAAUGGACGGUAAGUAAUUAGAGAGUAGUUGUAGACAGACAAAAAAGAAUCAAAAUGCGUCUUUCUCUACUUGUUUCUGCGGUUUCUUCGCUGUCUGCGGCUGUCGUGGCGGCAGACUAUUCCGGUCCUCUACGGCCUCAAGUGCAUUAUUCUCCUCCUUCGGGGUUUAUGAAUGAUCCCAAUGGGCUUUUCUUUGAUCAGAAGAAGGGUGUUUACCAUCUCUACUAUCAGUACAACCCCAAUGCUACUGUUGCCGGCAACCAACACUGGGGCCAUGCUACCAGCCCCGAUCUCUACCACUGGACAAACCAGCCCAUCGCCCUCGCUCCGGACUCCCCCGACCACUACAUCUUCUCUGGUUCAGCCGUGAUUGACAGCGAGAACACCUCUGGCUUCUUCCCCAACCAGACCGACGGCGUGGUCGCCAUCUACACCGUCGACUCUCCCGAGGUGGAGAACCAGCACAUCGCCUAUUCCCGCGAUGGAGGCUACACCUUCACCAAAUACGCCAACAACCCUGUUCUCAACAGCACCUCAAAGGACUUUCGCGAUCCCCAGGUCGUCUGGCAUCCCGAGACAGGCAAGUGGGUGAUGACGAUUGCCUACGCCCACGAUAGGGUGAUUGGAUUCUACACAUCGCCUAACCUGAAGAACUGGACGCAUGCGUCCAACUUUACGACGGAAAUCGUCGGCGAGGAAUUCGAGUGUCCCAACUUGGUGAAAUUCAACGUUGAAGCGGGCAACAAACACGCGCUCUUCAUUUCUGUUAACCCCGGUGCGCCGCUGGGUGGUUCGGGCACUUUCUACGUUGUUGGUGACUUUAACGGAACGCACUUCAGCACCGAGGCUACCAAGGGCGAGCUGAUUUCGUUCGGAAAGGAUAACUAUGCGGCGCAGUUUUACUCGGAGCUUCCGGAGAAGAGCGAUCCUAUCUCCAUCGGGUGGGCGAGUAACUGGCAGUAUACCCAAGAUGUUCCAACAGGUCCAUUGGAGGGAUGGAGAAGUGCAAUGACUGUGCCGACGGUUCAUCGUCUGGUCCAGGUUGAUGGAAAGUGGGAGUUGAGCAGCCUUCCAUUUGACAUUUCGUCUGUUCAGGGUGAUAGCCUGGCUAGCAAGGAUACAACUGGCGAUGAUGUCUCUGUCGAUUUCUCUACCGUCAAGUCCAACGCUGUCUACUUUGACGUCGCCAUCAACGAUAUCCCCAACAAGCCAACAGGCGAAGUCACCUUCAACUUUACAUCCUCGACAUCCCGCGACUUCCUUGACGGCGGCAUCCAUCUGGACACAGGCCUUUUCUGGAUCAACCGUGCUGGUACACUGAACUACACCACUGCGAACAACCCAGACUUUACUCCCACCGUUAACACGACCGUUUCACCGUUGGGCGACAGUUUCGCCUUUUCGGGUGUGAUUGACCGAUCCGUGUUUGAAGUGUACUUGGCUGAGGGCAAGUACACUGGAACCGUUGACUUCUUCCCUUCUGCGCCGUUGAACAAGUUGACUGUGUCGGUGGGUGAGUUGAGUCAGAAGACUACUGUGCAUGUUGAUGCGUGGGGAUUGAAGAGUGGAUUUGCUUGAUUGUAUAUAAAAGAAUGAUGAUCAUUUCCUUUUCUUCCAAGUAUUUCCACAGAUACGAGCCAGUAGAUUAGGCAUCUAUCUGCUCUGACCAGUGAGAUGUAUUGUUUUUAAUUCCUCACCCAGCCUGAUAAACACAAGGCUCUGUUUAACAAGGCUAUUGUACAAGGCUAUCAUCAACAAUGCUAUUGUAACAGGCUAUGAUGUAGCAUUGCAUGAUACUACCCUGUUCAUCCCACCAUCAAUGCCAGAUAAUAAUUGACGCUGUGUGACUGC